AUGUUUGUUGGUAGGCAAGUGCAUGCCAGCAUAGAUGAUGGAUCCAUUAAUCAUGUUGCUAUCCUGGAUGUUGUGUAUGACGGAGCUCGAUUAGGUUUGAGAUCAGGUGCAAGUUCUGUUAAUUGGAUGAUGCUCUGCUGCAACAAGUUUGGAGCAAAAAGUUUGGAGAACAAGGCACACAUUAGGAAAAUUUCUUCUCUAAGUGCUCUUAGAAUAACCUCUAAAUCUUCUUCUGGUGUCGAGAGUAAAGAAUCACAUAAGAGGAAGGCUUCGCAUAACAAAGAAAAUUCCAAUUCUGAGAUGGGUGAUGCCAAAGGACCUAAAACUAAGAAAUCUCGCAAGGUUACUGUGAUUAAGUCGAACCUCUCUAUUCUUGAUUUUAAUGUCGGAGAUGUCACCCCUAUAACAACAGUUCAACCUUUGCACACAAAUUCUCCUGUUAAUCCUAUAACAACUCAAACUCCUGAGGCAAAUAUUUUUAUUUCUCCAGUUCAAGCUUCUGAUGCGAAUGCCUCUGUUACUUUUGAAGAACUUUUUCCUGAAAAGGAACCUGCUGCUGAUCAAGGGGUAAAAGGUGAUUCUACUAUUGCCUCUACGAAUGUAUUGAAUAUGGAUCAAACUUCCUCUUCGUUCAUCAAUACCGAUUCUCAACCAAACCCUGCUGAUUUGUCUAUCCCUACAGAUUUCUCCAUGCCUUCCCCUUUUAUGUCUAUUUCUUCUUCUUCUUCAUCUUCUUCUUUUUUACUAAAUUCUCUUUCUCCGAGUAAGAAAGCUUUGGAUAGUGUGAAGUCUGCAUCUCAAGCUCUAUCCGAUAUUAUCAAUUCUGCUCAAUAUUUAACCAAUGAUCCUUGCAAACUUCGCAUAUGUUCAGCUUUGAGUAAGCUUAUGUGCGAAUUCCCUUCUGAUAGAGCUACAAGGAAUGAUAUCCUCUCUCAAAUUGAUCCUAGUUUCCACGUUGCUCUAGAUGUCUUGGACUCUCAUCAUCACAUGAUUUUAGCUGAAGGGCAUUUUGAAUAUAGUUGUUCCCAGCUAGAACUUUCGCAACAGAAUGCUUCUUUAGAAAAGGAAGUCACUAGACUAAAAGGGGAACUCCGAGAAGUCCAAAAGUUGAGAGGAGAGCUCGAAGUUGCGAAUAUUGAUGCCGAGAAUCUUCGUAGUGAAAAUCGAAAUCUUAGAGAAGAAAAUCGUAUUCUUUCUAAGGAGAAGCGUUCUUUCUUGAUGAAAGAAGCGAUGUUUUCGCACCAAUAUUCAAUUCUUCAUGAAAUAAACGAUAACCAAGCGCGAACUCUUCGCUCGUUAAAGGAGCAGUAUGAAACAUCGUUUAAGGGGUUAAAGUCCCAGAAUGAAAAAAUUAUCCAAAGUAAAGUAAAUUUGACUGUGAAGAAGAAUCAGCUUCAAGAACAAUAUGAUCAUCUAAAGCAUUCCCACGAUGUCCUUAAGAAAAAGAAUAAGUCUCUCUCUGCUGACGAAAAGAAGAUUCGAUCCCGUCUUUAUGGUUCAGUUGGUGAUGAGUUUGACAAGAUUAUGGAAAAUAUGAAGGAUAAUACCCUUGCUCUUUCUAACUUCUGUGAAGAUUCUGAAAGAUUGCAUCAAUCCACUAUUACCCAAUUGAGAUCUGAUUUAUCAAAGGCUCGCAAAGAAUGUACGAACCUGGAGCUUUCUCUUUUUGCUUCUUGUGGCGGAGCGCAAAGAAGACUCGCAUAUCAACAAAAUAUUUUGGAGAUCAAUGCUAGAAACCUUGAAAGAGGAGCUAUUCGCAAGGCUCAUGCCAAUUCUCAAUCUGUAAUCAAUGAAAUUCUUCUAAGCAACUCUCUUCAUGCAGUAAAGCUCCCUUCUCUUACCAUAGGCGAAGAUGAAGAAUAUCCCGAAGCAGACAGUGAUUAUGACUUUCUGAGUGAUGAUGAAAGAGAGCAAGAGGGUGAAGAAGAUCAUCUUGAGAAGGACAAGCCUGUGAGCGAAACCAAUGCUGAAAUUGAGGUCCUAGGCCCAGACUUCGUCACGAGUACAGAUCAAAGGUACGCUAAAUUUACGUUUGUUAGUGGUGGUCCAAAUUUGUCAUGA